GCCCCGCCCCAGCCGAGGCCCCGCCCCGCCGCGGCCGGCUGUCAGUCACGCGCCUCGGGGCCCUUCCGGAUGGGUGGGGCGAGGAGGGGGUGCGCGGGGCCGGGCGGCAGCUGUAGGGCUUUGCAAAGCCUCCCCGAGCGGGUGAUGAACACACCUCGGGAGUGACGCCUUGCCAGCAGCAGCCAUUGCACACGCUGCCCGAGCGCUGUGGAGUUUUUGGUGCAUUCCUUCAAAGGAGGAGAGACCAGAUUGUGGAUUUGGAAGCUUUUUGGGGUGCAGACGGUUUUUCCUUUUUGGUUUAUAUUUUUUUUUGUAUAACACCUAACACAAUGGGCUCAUGGGCCAUCACGAGGUGUGACGGUAAUACAAACAAUAAACAAUGGUGGAGCCUGGGAUGAGUCCUGCACAGGACUCUGUCAAGCUGCUCCCUGUGGCUCUUUGGGCAAUUCCCUGUAGCAGAUAAAAGUCCAUUGUGCUCUUCUGAGAUGCAUCUUCAUGGCUGUUUGGUGCAUAAGGGCUUCCAGGGUGUCUCCUGACUCCAGAAUGCUUGGGGGUCUGCUCCCAAGCCAAGGUCUGGCCUUUGCUGUCGAUUUUGGUAUGUGUCUUUAUCCAUCUCAAGAGAGUUUUUGUCUGUGCUUUGUAUUGCAAACUCGUGCUCUGAGAUACUUGUCCACGGCAGAGAUUCUUUCAUGGGUUAAGCUGCUGGGGGAGGUCUCUGCACUGGCAUCACGGAGGAAAGAUUCGAAACAGAGUUGAGCUGUUUUUCCCCCUCCUCCCCGCCUGCAAAUGACGCAUUGUUAAUUAUUAUUUGUAUUACCACUGCUGCACCCAGGGCUCAUUGUGCUAGGGGCUGUGAGCUGUCUCUGAAAUGAUGUCCUCAUCUGGGUGUUUCUGUGGGAGCAGUGAGGCUGUUGGCAUUUCCUUGAGCCUAGAGCUGUUAUUGGUGUCAGGCUAAUGCCUAGGGUUCCAGCUGAGAUCAGGGCCCUGGUGUGCUAGGAGCUGUAUGUGCAUGUAGUGAGGAAUGGUGCUCAUGACCUAAAUAGGUGAGACAGAUAAAGGGGCGGAGAAACAAAGCAUUACCAUCCUCGUCUUUUAUAGGUGGGGAACUGAGGCACAAAGAGGGUGACGUGCCCAAGGUCAUACAGGAGUCAGUGGCAUAACAGGGAACUGAACUCAGGUCCCAAAGGCCAGUGCCUAAAGCACAGGCCCAUCCCCUCUCUCUAGUAGAUGCAGCGGCACAACAGGGUGGUGGCGAGGGGUGUGGGCUUCAAUCCCUGCCCAGAUUGCAGGCUGAUAUUACCUAGCACUGCAGAGGGCUGUGUCCUUCUCUGGCACCUUUCCUCUCAGCACCUCACAAACGUUACCAAGAUGUCUGCCUCAUGCCUGGGGGCUUAGGAGGGUGAAGGGAGGCGCAUCAUCCCCGUUUUAACUGAUGAGGAAACUGAGAGAGGUGACUGGCCCAUGCUUGCACCGGGGCCGACUCUGUCUUGGGCAAAUCACUUCCCCCUUUUUUGUGCCUCCGUUUUUCCCCAUCUGUCAAAAUGGGGGUGAAGUUAUUGAUGCAGAGUGCUUGGGGCUCUGUGGCUGGGCCGUGUUCUCUGAGCACAGCGAAGCAUUGGAAAGCAGAUGCUCAGCGAGUGCAGGCUUGUUUUUAAAUGUGCAGUUUCCCUAUACAGUAUGGGUAGCUUUUUAAAGUAUCCCUUUCCUGAGUGCAUUACUCAUGCUCAUAGGUUUAAACGGUAAGGAUCCGAUCCAUUACCUGCUACUCCUUCCCUUGACCCUAAUGGGCAUUGGGUAGGGCCUGAAGCAACCCGCUACGCUACAUGCCAAAGGCUUGAAUAUGUUUCCUCUGCGGAAAUCGGCUGUCAUGGUCAGUCUGUGACUGACUCAUGACUCGUGUUAUACGCCAUGGUACCAAUUUGGCGGCUUCACAUUCUUCCCCCCUGGCUGGAAUUUGGCAGCUGAAUGGGAGAAACUGAUUUGAAUCUUAAAUCUAUGCUCUUGUUUUGAUUGUUUGUUUAUGGCCGAGAGGGUCAGCCAAGAGGUUGUCUUCCUGAUGAAGAUCGGAGCCACCCCUCUGUCUCCUCUCGAGCAGCUGCGUCCGAUGCAAUGAGUAACGCGACCACUCCCACCUCCGCCGGGACCUCCAGCGACUCCUUGGUAGGGUAUGUCCUGGUGCCCUUCUUCUUCAUCACCGUCGUGGGCAUCGUUGUGGUGGUGAUGAUGUACAUUCAGAAGAAGAGGAGGCAAGGAAGGUGUCUACAUCCCCUAAGCAGCUCUGGAAAUCUCAGCCCCCGUGACUGUCCCACGUCCUCUGUUGGCCGUGUGACCCUAUUGUCAGCAUCAGUCUUUGGUCCAUGGCGGAGCUGCGGGUUCCCAGAGCAGCCUCGCAGUCCCCUGUCUCUGCCCGUGUCAGGUUUGACAGGUUACGUCACCACUUGUUACCGAUGUACAGCUACGACCCCGCAGAGGACCUGCAUGAGGCUGAACAGGAGCUGCUGGGGGAUCCAGACGACACCAAGGUGAUGCGAGGCUGGGGUGGAUACCAGCCCCAUCGGACUCCGCUCAUGGACAUGAAAGCGUAACGCAGCUCGGAGAGCAGUGCCCAGGCGAUGUACUAACCACCUCCACCCUUCUCCCUUCUUCUCGAUUUCUGUGCUAACGUCAAGUUCUCCCACAUGGAGUUAAUUGUUAAAGCUCCAUCCUCCAUUUCGCUCUACUUCCACUUGCCUCUCCCCAUUCUGGGGCAGGUGGGCGUAGUCCCUGCCGGCUUUAGCUUCCGAGCGCUGUCAGACCAUGCUCCUGCUGCCCCUGAGCGUUCCUGCCGGCGAAGCACUGAAGACAUGGGCUGAAUCUUGGGUUUGCACGUUUUGACCAGGAGCAGCUCUUUCCCCCUCUUGGUUGCGGAAAUAAAACCCUCUGAGCCUUUUCACGCGGCCCAGAAGAGAGGCUGUCGAUCCUGAGAGUGAGUUGAUGAAACUCCGUCGCUGGGUGGCUCAAAGACUCAACCCCAAUAAACCUAGGUUAUCGCAGCCUCCCAUUCAGUAUAAGCCAUUUAAAACCAACGCAGCUCUGGUAUUGCAGAUGCAUCUCCUGACGGCACAGAGAACAAACCUCCUGCCAUGCUGCCUAUCUAUUUAUGCACAUGCUGGGCGUGUUACUUUGCGUGGGGGCAGUCCCAUCACAAAUCUGAUUGAUUGCAUCUCUUGCGCUCUCUGUAUGGGAACUGUUGUUGAACUGUGCAGUUGGGGAUCUUAAUACCUAGUUUAAUGGAGCCUUUGCUGCGAUCUUGAAAUAGCUGACAGCGAGCUAUUUGAUUUGAUUUGAAGCAGUCCUUUGAUUCCAGUCCCCCCAGGGCAGGGAUGGGUCCAGUUUGCUUACGCAGUAAAAACAGGAUGUGUUUAGUAGAGCAAAACUGUCUGUCUUUGCAUUCAGACACGAGGCCUUAUGUAUUUGCCAAGGAGGAGAAGUCUUCCUGGCACAAAAGCUACUGGAUAGUAAAACAACCGAACUCUGUAAUAGUUCAGCAAGGUGGAUCUUUCUAUGUGGGUGAUUUUUGUAUUCAAUAGUAGCUCAUCUUUAUAUUUUGUAAAUAAAAAGGCACCGUGAACAUGA